UCUAGGGUUCUCAUGAUUCUUUCUUGUUUUGCUUUUCGUUGUGGUUUAAAGAUGCAUUUUUGCCGGUGAAAAUGCUGUUAAUUACCAACAGGAUAUCUUCCUACAGCUUCCUAAAACACUUGAGAAGUGUUUUUUGCAUAGAUUUCACGCUCCCGGUGAGAAAAUUCUCAUCAUCAGUCGAUGGGGAAAUCUCUGAGAAGCUGAAGAGAAUCCCUCUGGAGAGGAUUAGGAACUUCUGCAUAAUAGCUCAUGUGGAUCACGGCAAGAGUACACUGGCUGACAGACUUCUGGAGAAGGCGGGAUUGAAGAUCGACAGACCUCAAAUUCUGGACAGUCUUCAGGUGGAGAAGGAGCGUGGCAUCACAGUGAAAGCGCAGACUGAAGCCAGGCUGAAUUUGAUAGACACUCCUGGUCAUGUGGACUUCUCCAAUGAAGUGCACAGAUCUUUGGCGCCCUGCGACGGAGCCAUCCUCUUGGUGGACGCCAAUCACGGCAUUCAGGCGCAGACAGUGUCUAACUACUUCAUGGCGGCGUCGAGGAAUCUGAAAAUUCUGCCCGUCCUCAACAAAAUCGAUCUGAAGAACGCCAAUCCCGAGAGAGUCUGUGAAGAUCUCAAAUCCAUGUUCGAUAUCGAACCGGAAGGAGUUCUGAAGAUUUCAGCCAAGCUCGGAUUGGGAGUGGAUAAAGUCAUCCCGAAUGUCAUCGAGCGUCUUCCUCAUCCGACAACUGAUCCGAAAGCCAAUUUCCGGGCGCUCCUCUUCGAUAGCGCCUACGACAAAUACCGCGGGGCGCUGAGCCUGAUCAAUGUGCGGGAAGGCGAGGUGUUGCUGGGCCAGGAGAUCACUUCGGUGGCCACAGGGAAGACGUACGAGGUGAGGAGCUUGUCUCUUCUCACGCCCGUCGAGAUGCCCGUGGAUAGACUGAGCGCUGGCCAGGUGGGACUCCUGGGAUGCAACAUGCGCAGCGGCAAAGAGGCUGUGAUCGGCGACACCAUCCAUUUGAAAGGCUCUCCGGUGGCGCCAUUGCCCGGCUUCCGGCCACAGCAGGCGAUGGUCUUCGCCGGCGUUUAUCCGCCUGACCAGUCGAAGUACAUCUCCCUCAAGGCGGCCAUAGAGAAGCUCACACUCAACGAUUCAGCCGUGACUGCGACGCCUGACUCGAAUUCUGCCCUGGGCCAAGGCUGGCGCCUGGGAUUCCUCGGCCUGCUGCACAUGGAAGUCUUCUGCCAGCGCCUGGAGCAGGAGUACGACGCGGAGCCCACCAUCACGGCGCCAUCCGUGACGUACAAGGUGAAGUUGCACGGAUCGAAGGUGAUUAAGGCUUAUGGCGCUGAGGAGAUCAUCGUCAGCAAUCCAGCGCUCUUGCCGGACCCUCAGAACAUCCUGGAGUACCAGGAGCCACAGAUCUUGGCCACGAUCAUCACGCCUACGCUGUUCUUGGGCCCGGUAAUCGGACUAUGCGUGGAGCGCCGAGGUCUGCAGAAGUCCUCGACCAACAUUGACAGCGAUCGCGUGAUGAUGACCUACGUUUUCCCACUGGCUGAGAUCGUGCUGGACUUCUACGAUCGCCUCAAGUCGCUGACCUCGGGCUACGCCAGCUUUGACUACGAGGACUACGGCUAUGAAGUCACGAGUGCAGUGAAGCUGCGAAUCCUGCUGAAUGGGCAGGAAGUGGAGGAACUCAGCACAAUUGUGCACUCGAGUAAAGCCAACACGUUUGCGCGACAGUUCGUGCUGAAGCUGAAAGAGAUCAUCCCGCGGCAGAUGGUGCAGAUCGCUAUCCAGGCCGCCGUGGGUGGGAAAAUCCUGGCCAGGGAGACGAUUAAGCCAUAUAGGAAGGAUGUGACGGCCAAACUGUACGGCGGCGACGUGACGCGGCGCAUGAAGCUGCUAAAGCAGCAGGCCGAGGGCAAGAAGAAGAUGCGUUCCAUCGCGAACAUCUCCAUUCCUCGGGACACUUUCAUCAGCAUCCUCAAGCGGUAA